GUCCCGGCGUCGGCGGCGCGCGCGCUCCCUCCUCUCGGAGAGAGGGUUGUGGUAAAAGCCGUCCGGAAAAUGGCCGCCGCCGCCGCUGCCGCGCCGAGCGGAGGAGGAGGAGGGGGCGAGGAGGAGAGACUGCUCCAUAAAAAUACAGACUCACCAGUUCCUGCUUUGAUGUGACAUGUGACUCCCCAGAACACAUCUUGCUUCUGUAGACCAGCUCCAACAGGACCCCAUGGUAGCUGGGAUGUUAGGGCUCAGGGAGGAGAAAUCAGAAGACCAGGAUCUCCAGAGCCAUAAGGACAAGCCCCUGAAGUUGAAGAAGGUGAAGAAAGAGAAGAGAGAAGAGGGCAGGCAUGAGCCUGCACAGCCUCCGGCCCACCGCUCUGCUGAGCCCUCGGAGGGAACGGGCUCAGCCCUGGCCGUCCCCGAAGCCUCUGCCUCCCCCAAACAGCGUCGCUCCAUCAUCCGAGACCGGGGGCCCAUGUACGAUGACCCCACCCUGCCCGAAGGUUGGACCCGAAAGCUGAAGCAAAGGAAGUCGGGUCGCUCCGCUGGGAAGUAUGAUGUGUAUUUGAUCAAUCCCCAGGGCAAAGCUUUUCGCUCUAAAGUGGAGUUGAUUGCAUACUUCGAAAAGGUAGGCGACACCUCCCUGGACCCUAAUGAUUUUGACUUCACGGUAACUGGGAGAGGGAGCCCCUCCCGGCGAGAGCAGAAACCACCUAAGAAGCCCAAAUCUCCCAAAGCUCCAGGAACUGGCAGAGGUCGGGGACGCCCCAAAGGGAGCGGCGCCGCGAGGCCCAAGGCAGCAGCGUCAGAGGGCGUACAGGUGAAAAGGGUCCUGGAGAAAGGUCCCGGCAAGCUGUUGGUCAAGAUGCCUUUUCAAGCUUCGCCAGGGAGCAGGGCCGAGGGGGGUGGGGCCACCACGUCCACUCAGGUCAUGGUGAUCAAGCGCCCUGGCAGGAAGCGGAAAGCGGAGGCUGACCCCCAGGCCAUUCCCAAGAAACGUGGCCGGAAGCCAGGCAGUGUGGUGGCGGCCGCUGCCGCUGAGGCCAAGAAGAAAGCUGUGAAGGAGUCUUCCAUCCGGUCGGUGCAGGAGACCGUGCUCCCCAUCAAGAAGCGCAAGACCCGGGAGACGGUGAGCAUCGAGGUGAAGGAGGUGGUGAAGCCCCUGCUGGUGUCCACCCUCGGCGAGAAGAGUGGGAAGGGACUGAAGACCUGCAAGAGCCCCGGCCGGAAAAGCAAGGAGAGCAGCCCCAAGGGGCGCAGUAGCAGCGCCGCCUCGCCCCCCAAGAAGGAGCACCACCACCACCACCACCACCCAGAGCCCCCAAAGGCACCCGUGCCACUCCUCCCGCCCCCGCCCCCGCCCCCGCCCGAGCCCCAGAGCUCUGAGGACCCCACCAGCCCCCCCGUGCCCCAGGACUUGAGCAGCAGUGUCUGCAAAGAGGAGAAGAUGCCCCGAGGAGGCUCACUGGAGAGCGAUGGCUGCACCAAGGAGCCAGCUAAGACUCAGCCCGCAAUCGCCGCUGCCGCCACAGCCGCAGAAAAGUACAAACACCGAGGGGAGGGGGAGCGCAAAGACAUUGUCUCGCCCUCCAUGCCGAGGCCCAACAGAGAGGAGCCUGUGGACAGCCGGACGCCCGUGACCGAGAGAGUGAGCUGACUUUACGCAGAGCGGAUUGCAAAGCAAACCAACAAGAAUAACGGCAGCUGUUGUCUCUUCUCCUUAUGGGUAGGGCUCUGACAAAGCUUCCCGAUUAACUGAAAUAAAAAAUAUUUUUUUUUCUUUCAGUAAA